AUGGAUAUAGACAACUACCAGCGCCUGACAGAAGUCUUCACCUUCGACAAUACGCCCAUCCUCGCCGCGGGCGUCGCAAGCUUCGUCUGCGGAUAUCUCCAAUAUGUCUACGCCAUCCGCCUGACUCUCCGAGAAGGCAAGGGCCCCAUGCCAUUCUGGAUGCACUCGUUCUACCUCGCCCACGACUCGACGUGGUCAUAUCUGCUGGCGAAUGCCGCACCGCGGUAUGACAGCCACUGGUUUCUGUGGGGCACGUCCUUUGCCUUGGCCAUCUGGGCGGCGCUCGAGAUAUUCUGUAUUCACAGGGAUGUAACCAAGAACCGGGAACACAUCUUCUCGCCUCUUUUCGGCCCCCAACCCCAGCUCCCCGAGAUCCUCUGCUACGUGGUCAUGAUGCAGCUGAGCAUGUACUCCGUCGUCGCAGUACUGAUCGUUCUGAUGGGUGAGGGCUCCGUGAUGCAGUGGUUCUGCCUCACCAACGUCCUCAUCGUUGUCGGCCCAAUCACGGGAUAUCUGGAGAGGGGAUCGCGGGACGGCUUGAGCCUUGGGUUUGCCCUGACCAACGUUGCCGCCAUCAUCUUCACCUUCGCGCCAUUCAGCUUUUGGGCACUGUCGAUCCCGGAGCUCUUCACCCAGCCAGCCUACUAUGCUGCUGGAGUGGUAAUGUUUCUGAUGUCGUUGUAUGGGGUUUAUAUUGUUGCGAGCUACCCACCAAAGAAACGACCCAAGUAUGGACCGAAGCCUAUUUGGUAG